UUGAUUAUAAAUAAUAAAUGGCACACGCGCUUGCUUUCCCCGUUCUCCGUUCUCUUCGUACUACUAGCCAGUGCUACUAGUGGUCUUGUCUUCCACCAGUGCCAUGCUUGCCUUCGUUUUCCCCUUCUCUCUCUCUCUAAACUUCAUUUGAAAUCGCACGAAACCCUAAUCCCUCUCUCUUCGUCUAUCGGCAACCCAAGCGGUGAGAAAUAGUUGAUAUGAGAAAUCUUCUUAAUCUGUUCAUCGGAUUAAGUUCGUGCUGAGAAUUGUCUGCGAUAUUAUUCCACAGUGAUCAAUUAACUUCUUGAAGAGCAACAGAAUGGGGGCUGGAAGAAAAUCACAUGCAUUCACAUUGGAGGACAGAACUCCAUCUUCGUUUGCUACAACAAAGAGCAGUGCAAUUGCACGAAAUUUGAGAAAAGAGAAUCUUGGAGGGGUUAUAUUUGGCUGCAAAAGCAAUACCAUGAAGGAAUGCCUUACAAAGCAGAUCUUUGGUUUACCAAGUAUGCAUUUUUCGUAUGUGAGGAAUAUUGAACAAGGCCUGCCACUGUUCCUAUUCAACUACAGUAAUAGAAAAUUGCAUGGUAUUUUUGAGGCUGCAGGACCUGGGCAAAUGAAUAUCAACUCAUACGGAUGGACUGAAGAUGGUUCUGAUAGAACUCCUUAUCCUGCACAGGUUCGGAUCCGUGUACGGAUGGACUGCCAACCCCUGCUGGAAGAGAAAUUUAGCCAAAUUAUCAUGGAUAAUUAUUACUCUCAGUACCAUUUUUGGUUUGAGUUGGACCAUGCACAGACAAGAGCUUUGAUAAACUCCUUUUCGUCUUCACCAGUUAAUGCUACUGCUAUCUCACUACCUUUGCCCAAAGUAAAAACCCUUUUUAAAGCAGCUCCAAAUCAUGAUACAAAAAUGGAAGUAGAUCAUAGACCAUCAGUCUCAGUGCAGGAUUUGAAUUGGUCAGAUCAGCCCAGUAUGGUUGUCAGGAAUUUAGGUGGUAGCCAGCCACUGGGAGGUACAGGGACUAUGGAUGAAGAGGAGACUAUGGAUGAAGAGGAGGCAAAGGUGUACCUGAAGCUGCAACAAAUAGCUCUUGACCGUAAAAAGUCAGAUUUCCCUCUUGGGGUUUCUCCUGCAGCUGUUUCUGGUCCUUCUAUGAUUGAUGAUGUGCAAAUGGAGGUUGGAGGGGCUUCAAUCGGGCCAUCUUUUUCAGCAGAUAAGAGUGUAGAGAUUUCAGUUGAUUCAUCUCAUCUUGAUUCAGUUAUUGCUCAGUUGAUGCAAGGAAUGGAGGAGCUGAAGAACUUUUCUGCAGAGCAACUCAAGAAGACCGGUGCACUGGAGAAGAAGCUGGUUGAGUCUGAGAUGCAUAUUCAACAAUUGAAUGACCGUGUUAAGAAGCUGGAAUUGAAGUUCGGUCCUUCGAAUGGAAGCUUUGACGAACGUUCAGAAGGUUCAUCUGAUAGUCAACCAAUUACUGAGCCAGUUGAAGUAUGUUCCAAUGCUGAUGAGUCAAUACUAGUAGUGGGAGGAUAUAAUGGAGUGUCUUGGUUAGCAGAAUUGGAUUCCUAUUCGCCAUCCCGGGAUGUAAUGAGGUCUCUUAAGCCGAUGAACUCAGUCCGUUCAUAUGCCUCAGCAGCAACACUCAAUGGCCACCUUUAUAUUUUUGGUGGUGGGAAUGGUUCUUCUUGGUAUGACACCGUUGAACGGUACGACCCGAUGAGUAAUGAAUGGACUUCCUGUCCUCCAUUGAUCGAGAGGAAAGGAAGUCUAGCUGGUGCUACUUUGGACAACAAAAUAUUUGCAAUUGGUGGGGGGAACGGAGAUGAAUGUUUCUGGGAAGUGGAAAUGUUUGACCCUGCACUAGGACGAUGGGUCCCUACUCGAUCAAUGCUACAGAAGACUGAAGAUGGGCAUCGCCCUCCCAUACUACUGCUAAGAGAAGUUUUCUGUAUUGGUUCAACUUUUGCUGUCGGAUCUACUCAGGUACAUCAGACUACGUUUCUGGUUAUCCUUCUGUUUUGUUUUUCCAAUUGAUGCUGCUAUAACGGUACCCUCAACCCUCUGUUUAGGCUCAACUUUGGUGAGUAUAUUCCUUACUACAUACCUUCUAUCGAUCUGAGUUUGGAGUUUGCUGAGGUUGCUGAUUGGAAGUUGUUCACGUUUCUCUUACUGACUAUUUUGUUCAUCUUAGUUUCUUUUUCUGUCCACCCUUGUUACUCCCCAUCUAACCGUUAGAUUCACUUUAUAUUUUAGACACUCCUACAGAAGGAUUUGACCAGCAUUUGACUAGAUUUUAAGCCCCGUUGGCUGGAUGUUUAUUGGGUUAUUGACUGUUCUCUAUUCUACCCUAUUGUUUCCUAAUCCUAGGAUACUGUGAUUCUGUCCUGUGGUUACUGUUCUUUAAAUCUUACUUGAUUUAUCUAGAACUCAUCAGGGACCCCUUUUUUAAAGGUUUACUCUCACAAAAGCCUGACCGUUUUGAUUAGAUUCUUAGAUACUUCAACCUCUCUUUCGGAAGAAUGAGCCUGUGGGAAAGACACUAUUCCUGAGACUCACUUUCUGAAACAACUGGAUCACAAAAACAGUGCAGUAAAGUGGUAAAAGGUGAAAUUUUCAGUCUCCCAUUCUCUGGAGAACCAAAGACAUCCUAAAUGAUUUCAAGUUUGAUGUGGAUCGUCAUCCACUCUCUUUUUGUUCUUUUCAAUUGGUGUUUCUAAUGAAUCAGAUUCAAUUGCUUUUCUGAUACUAAGCUUACCUGCCUGAUUGAUUUGAUUUGUACCUGAACUGAGCCAUAAAUGUAAAUCAGCAUUUUGUCACUCGAGAUCGCUUAUUAUUUAGUACUUGAAACUUUCCAGUAUUGCCCAACAUAUUGUUGUUUAGUAUUUACAAGUGUGGAAAAUUCAAAUGUAAGGCAAGGCGUCUCUUUUAAUAUUUUUUUUCCCCAGUCAUUAUUGAUUUUUGGACCUUAUUAUCUUUUAUGCUUUUGACCAAUAGUUUAGUGGAUAAAAUCACAGUUGCUUCCAAUUCCAUAGAUCUUAUUUAUAUCCUUGACUGAAUACUUUGUUUUGAGUCUUAUUAGGUUUUGGCUGGAAUUGUCAUUAUGGAGAACCAACAAUAUCAUUCUGUUUUCCUUAUGCAUUUCAAGUCUUGUAGAGUUUUUGGAGUAUGCCUUGUUGUUUUAUACGUGUUCAAAUCAAGAGAAAUGUGGAUGUGCCUGUCGGAUUUGA